UCUUUGUCUGACUACAGUGCCAUUUCCUUUGGGAAAUUUAAAGUAUAAUUGAUAGACUUCCCUGCCAUUGGUGGAAUGAUGGCUUCUGAUCAUACUGUCCAAGAGGAUAAAACAUCUGGGCAAUGCAGAAAAAGAGGAAGCUCAAACGAUUCUGCGAGUAGGCUUAGUAAGAGCACCAAAAGUCAAGACAGUAGCUGUAGCAAACAUUCCAGCAAGUCUGGAAUUGCUCAGUUUAACUAUUCUAAUGACUUCUAUGACAAUGCAUCAAGAACAGCUGUCAAUGGCAGCAAGAACAGCAUUUGUUCUGAAGAGAACAUCUGUGGAACAUCACAGAACUAUUAUCACAAAGAUUUUCACUCGGAUGCCUCUGAAACCUCCAUAAGUGAAGAGAGUAGCAGCUACAUCAUACCAUUGCCCCAGAAACCAAAAUCUAAAGAGCAGAAUUUACCAGAAAAGAAAAAGAAAAAUGAUGUCCAUACAAAAGGAGGUAAAUCGUUGCCUAAAAAGAAACCUCAGCAGAAGAACACAUCUAUUACUGACCGUACCAUCAAUGCUCAGGAGAAGAAAAAUAACAUGGCUUGCCGUUUAUUGUCAGCAAGAGACCAUAAGAUUAAAGAACUGAAAAAUGAAGCAGCUGUUCUGCAAAAUAAAUUGGAGUCAUUUACUACAGAAAAUAAAAUCUUGAAGCGUCUUCAGGCUCGACAUUUAAAAGCAAUCAGUAAAUACGAAAGUGCAGAGAUUAACCUGCCUGAUCUUUUGGCCACGCACUCUCAUGAAGUGCAGACUCUGAGAGCGCAUCUCCGGAAAUCUCAGGAAGAAGAACGCAGGGCUUCCACGAAGUUGAGACAUGUUGAGGCACAACUUUUAAAAACCACAGAAGCAUUGUGCGCAUUGCAGAAACUUUAUGAAGACAAAAAACUUCAAGAGAGAGAACAACUUCAGCAUAAAUUAACAUCACUUACCCAAAAAUUGGAAGCUAGUGAUAAGAGAAUCCAGGAUUUGGAAAAGCAGCUCUUAUCGAACACUGCUUCUUUUCAACAUCAAUUAGCGGUUGAGAAAAAGAAGAUCAUUGAAGCUCAGUCAAUCAGGGAAAAUUUGCAAGUGGAAAUCAAGUCGUUGAACCUAAAACUUAAGGAAAGAGAACGAGAACUGAGCAUUAGAAAUAUUUAUGCACACCGGAUGCGCAAAGGCCAGCCAGAGAAAACCGAUUCAUGUUCUCCUCCAAAAGUUGUUAAAGUCAACAAAGCAAUUCAGGUAAAUAUCAGCCGAAAAGCCACGACUCUUCGGAAGCCUGAGCCGAAAGCAAGUCCAAUGGUCUUCCACGAGGAAUUGAAAGUCAACAGGGAGGUGAAAGAAUUUGUUAACUUGGCUAAACAACUUGCCCCUGAAACAGGAGUUCAUCUCCCUGAAAAAUUACCAGUGCACAACAUUUCAAAGAGGACAUUCAUGGGUAAAAACCAUAAAUGA